GAGCCUCCCUUAUGCCCUUACAUCGCCACCCAUUCUCGUGUACUCUCCACCACUCUCCUUGUGACCACCAACUACAAUCCUUUACUACUAGCUUUCUCUUUUGAAGUCCGCAGAACUGAACCACCUUCGCUUAAUCAAAUACACAUCUCUUUCACUUCGCCAGGCAAAAGGGUCUUGCUUGCUGGAGCUAAUCAGUUCUAGCCCUAAUUCCUCAGCCGAAGGCCACCUCGGUGUCCUGACUCACAAAGACCGUCGCUCCUGUUUUUGACAAGAUGCUUGCCCAACCUCUGGGUAGCUGCGGGCUACUUGCGGCUGGGUGCUUAUUGUUCUUAUACCAACUUGCCGGCGUAACUUCCUCCGACAUUCGCACCAACGGCAACAGGUUUAUAGUCAAAAUUGACCCUAAGAAGACGGAUUCUCUCGAUGAUUUCUGCCACCACUUGAAUGCAAUCAACAUAACCCACAGUGUCGCCCACGAUCUCACUGGUAUCUCUCCGGAUAACUUUUACGGUGCCUCUCUAUACUUGGACAACCCUAAUGACGUGCACGCAUUGGCGAACCUUGAUUCUGUUCAGAGCGUCACCCCCGUGACCCCCAUGAAACCAAUCUCGCCAGUCUCUCAACACAUCCUCACAAAACCUCCCCCGGAUGGCCAGAGCCCCGAUGGCUUCACUCCCCAGAUCCAGACAAGGGUGUCAGAACUGCAUGCGAAGGGUGUAUUUGGGGAAGGUAUCAAGGUAGCAUUCCUCGAUUCCGGCAUUGAUUGUGACCACCCCGCUUUGGGCCCAGGCUUUGGGCCUGGUCACAAGAUUGGGUUUGGCUACGAUCUUGUUGGAGAGGAUUUCGAUGGCUCCAACAAACCUGUUCCGGAUUCGGAUCCUUGCACACAGUGUGGUGUUCACGGUACUCACGUAGCUGGAAUCGUUGGAGCUAAGGAUGUAGGUUAUGGCUUCCAAGGUGUUGCCCCCAAUGCCACUCUGGGGAUGUAUCGCAUCAUGGGCUGCGACAAACUUGGUUCGACCUCCAAUGACAUUGUGAUGUCCGCGUUACUGAUGGCCGUCCGUGAUGGGGCCGAUGUUAUCUCGGCAUCCAUCGGUGGCCUCGGUGGCUGGUCAAAAGGCGAUGCAUUGUCUGAUCUAAUCAACAACCUGGUUUCCAAGGGGGUUGCCCUAGUAUUGGCAGCUGGGAAUGAAGGCGACGAAGGGCUAUUCUAUGCGGAAACCCCGGCCGCCGCGACGAAUUCCAUUGCGAUUGGAUCCGUCGAAUCCAAAAAGCAGAUUGUUUUCCAGCUCAAGACCUCUUCUGGCAGAACAAUCCCUUAUCAUGGUAGCGGAGUUUUCAACGGGACGGAUUUACCUUUCUACGCCACCUCGCCCACCUCGGACAACCCGAGUGAUGCUUGCCAGCCGCUUCCAUCAAACACUGCCUCUUUGGCCGAACACAUAGUCGUCAUCCGGAGAGGUGGAUGUAAUUACGCGCAAAAGGUUGAAAAUGUUGUUGCAAAAGGGGCAUCUCGGAUUUUAUUCUAUAUGAAUUCAACAGAGAAGGCUUCUCUCUCCAACUUCAUUUCCGGUGCACAAAUUGCAACUCUGGCUAAGCAGGACGGCGAGUCACUCGUGUCUGAGCUUCGAACGAACCCGAACUUGAAAGCCACCUUCUCCCCUGAGCAUUCUUUUGAGGCUGCGGAUGGUGGAGGAUUGGUUAGCAACUAUUCGCAGUAUGGUCCAUCUUACGACUCCAUGAACAUCCAGCCCAACUUCCUUGGAGUGGGAGGCAACAUCCUCUCAACGGUCCCCAGGAACAUGGGAAGUUAUGCCACAAUGAGUGGAACUUCUAUGUCUACCCCACAGAUUGCCGGUAUCACGGCUCUCAUAAAAGCCGUCCGAGGAAAAGAUCUCCAGGCGUUGAAGCUCAAAAAUAUCUUGUCCACCACUGCCCAACAGGUUCCAGCUGGGUCGGGUCAGAACGACAUUCAGACUACUAUCCACGCUGGAGGCGGCCUUGUGGACGCGUUUUGUGCAAGCUACGCCAAAACCGUCUUAUCAACCGAUGCUAUCGCGUUGCAUGACCUACCUAAUUUGAAAUCUCAACAUUCCUUCACCAUCACCAACGAGGGUGAUCAAAGUUACUCGUUCCGAACGGGGCAUAUUCCUGCGAUCACUGUCAAUACCUUCCAGCCCGGAUCGCACCGAGUCUCUACCACUGUCGAAGCAGUGCCUGGCUCGCCAAGCGCUCAGGUGCAAGUCAGCCCAUCAACGUUUACUCUAGCGGCUAAAGGCAGUCAAACCAUUCAGGUCACUUUCACUCCGCCGAGCGGUCUGUCUGCAGAGCGUUUGCCUGUUUACUCCGGUUACGUAUCACUCAUCUCGGACGCAGAAUGUGAGCAUCACACAUUACCGUACUAUGGCAUAGCAGGUGUCAUGAAGAACACCAAAGUCCUCGACGCCGGACCCGACACUGAAGAUUCCAAGCAGCAAAUUCCACGCCUUACUGAUAUAAAUCGUCAGCCGCUCACCGGUCCCGUCACGUUCGACGGAAGCCAUGGAAUCGUCGUGAGGUAUCGCAUGGCUUUCGGUUCUCCUUACAUGAGAGCGGAUGUCAUAAGCGCAAACGCUACCCUCGUCAGUGAGAGUCCGUCAGUAGCUUCAAUGCAAGCAAUGCCAGACAUUGGGGCGAAUUUCACGCUUUCAAAGGGUAGCUUCAUGGGAGUUAAUCUGAUCGGAAUGAUUCCGACUAGCAAUUCUACGUAUGCCCCUCGAACAGUAUCCACUGACACCGUUGUGCUGCCUUGGACUGGAACCAUAAUCCCACCUGGAGAGACUCAAGCCGCUGUCCUCAUCCCGAGUGGGUACUAUAAGAUUUUAAUUCGUGCUCUCCGAGUAAACGGAAACCCUUUUGUCGAUGCGGAUUUCGACUAUUGGCUCUCGCCAGUGAUAAGCGUCGCGGGAGCUGCCCUCCGUCAACAACCAAAUCCACAGUCUCCCAACUCACAAGGAAGCUCCCGCUCACCACCUGCCCCCCUAGACAAUCAGCCCCAACUCGGUCCCGUCAACUACCCGCCUACAGCCGCACCUGCGUACUACCCUUCUGGUCUCGGGAGCACAUAUUACCCGCGAGCCAUCUCUCGAGGUCGCACCUUCUAAGAACUCUUGUUUAAUCAUCCAGCUUUGUAUGCUGGCCCUCCUUUAAUUCCACUCUGGGUCACAGAUGAUUAUUGUUUUGGGUCAUUUUGUAGUUUGUGUGGUAAUCACCUCGACAUUGCAUCAACAUAUCACAUUGUUACAUUCACUCUUUCACUACAUUUAGGAUUUUUUUUCUGUGCAACAUACAUGUUUCUGAUUUUGGAAUCAUUCAUAGAGACCCUUUCAACCAAGAACUCAAGAACAAAUAGUUCUCAUCAUCGUGAAGAAAAACUCUACCACCAACACUCUGGAUAUAGAACAACAAUUAUUGCCAGAGGUCAAGAAGAAGACAUCUGUUAGUCAUCACCUGUCAUCACAAAUACAAAUUCAUCCAUUAAACUCGUUGGCUCUUCACAUAGUUCUUACAACGCAAAGUUACUUUCAAUAAGUCUCAGAAGAGUGUCAAAAGUUACAAAUUGACACUAGUUCCGCAAGGAAUGUUGUAUUCAGUUGAUGUUAGUAAUUGAUAGCGGGAAAUAAAUUCAAGGAGAUGAAAG